AUGUCCUGCAAACAUGUGGAAAAUUUCCUCUCUGUGCGGACAAAUUUAUCUGCGGUGGACGCAAUCUUACGCUUCGUUGUGUUCCCCAUAUCUGAAAAAGCGAUAAAAUAUAAAUCUGCCCUAUCCUGCUACUAUUGCCAUGACUUUCCGGUCAGUUCUCAGAGAAAUAGGCCAAUUUCGUUGUUGGCCUGUGCUCAUUGUAUCCACUUUUCCUGCUUUACAAACCAUCAUAUUGAAGACCAUGUAAAAUCCAACCCUGACCAUAGUGUUUCCAUUUGCCUUGAUCAAGGUGAGCUUUACUGCUCCAUUUGUCACGACUUUGUCUACUGCGAACGCAUUGAGGCGGCCUACAGAAAUGCUUUGUCUUUGUAUACGAAUAAGUUUGGCGGAUCAGAACGUCCAUGGCGUCCAUCGUAUAAGGAGCUGGAGUAUGUUCCUUAUUUGAAGUCUGUUUGUCUCCCAGCAUCAGCACCACAUUCGCGGCAAACUCGGGGUCUCGUAAAUAUGGGCAACACUUGCUUUCUAAACGUUGUUGUGCAAGCUCUUACGCACACUCCAGUUUUGCGUGAUUUUUUACUCUCAGACCUUCAUCGAUGUGACAAUCCGACCCGGUCUCGUAACUGUUUGGCCUGUGAAAUGAUAAGAAUCACCCAAGAAAUUUACCGACCCGUUCUCAGUCCCUAUGUACCGAGCAAUCUCCUGCACUCAAUUUGGUUGCAUGCAAGACAUCUCGCAGGCUAUGAACAACGUGAUGCUCAUGAGUUUCUCAUUACUCUCCUUACUCUCAUUCAUUCGCAUUUGGUCGGUGAACAGGAGCCAAGAGAGGAUGAUACCGAUGAGACUCUGCAACAUCACGAUGGAAGUUCAACAACUUCUUCUACUAAACGCCGUUGGCAUGACAGCGAAAAGCUUCUGAUAGCGAGCCAUGAGGGGAGUAGGGGUAUUUCUCCCGAGUGCCUCUCCAAUUCCUCUCAACACGAGAAAAAAUUCAAGUCGUCUCCUUCCUCGUUUACAUCAAGCACGACAGGUGAAAUGGAUGAGCGAAGCGCGCCAACUUCCCCGGUUUCAACACUGUCAGAUCGCACGGAGAUCGUUACCAAUGGCACCAAUAAUGGCAAUAGUCGUGGUGCCAAUCACACCGCCACUGAUACCAACUGCGACUGCAUUGUUCACCAGGUCUUCUUUGGUGACCUUGAGUCGGUCAUCUCGUAUCGAGGCUGUGAUCAUCGGUCUUCCACAGUGGAUCCCUUUUUGGAUCUCUCCCUGGACGUCGCUCAGCGCGGCUCCACCUCCUUAGCCGCUUGUCUCUCUUCAUACUUCCGUCCAGAAGCCAUAGACGGCCUACUUUUAUGUUCUCAGUGCAACAUUAAUCGCCCUGCUGUCAAGCAGUUCUCCCUCCUUCAUCUUCCCACUGUGGUUUGUUUUUACUUAAAGCGGUGCCAUCAGGAUACGAAAAUUAACACAUCCAUCAGCUUUCCCGUAGAACUAGAUCUGACACCAUUUGUGGCUCAGCUUGCUAAUCGCAAAUCCGCCUGGCAUGAUAGGUACUCAUUGUACGCGGUUCUGAAUCACAGUGGACAGACAAAUUCAGGCCACUAUACGGCAUUCAUACGUUCUGGUCCUGGAUGUUGGUGUCUCUGUGAUGAUCAAAAGAUUGUUCCAGUAACUUUGGACCGUGUUUUGACCACCGAUGCCUAUGUCCUUCUCUACCACAAAAACUUCCUAACAUCCAAUUCUCCUUCACCGACUCCAUCCGCCAAUAACGUCGCUGCCCCUUCUGGCUCCUGA